GCGACCGCCGGCCGGGCGCUGGGUUCUUAUUCGUACGGCCGUUUCCCCCGGGUCGGGCCCCGCUGUCCGCGUUCCACCGAGCGCCAGGCCCCCGGGGGGAGGGAGGUGGGGGUGGGAGGCAGGCGCGGGGCCGGUGGGCGUCAGCGGCGCACUGGGCACUCACGGAACCCUGUGACCCGCCGAGCCUGGAGCCGGGCCGGGGCGGGGAAGCGGGCUCCAGCCCGGAGCAAACUUCCCAGCCGGCCGUGGGGUGGCGGGGGCCCAGUCCGGAGCCGGAGCAGGGGGCGGCCGCGGGCCCUCCCGUCUCGGCCCCCGUGUCUCCCGGCACCAUGCUGUCCAAUUCUCAAGGCCAGACGCCGCCAGUGUUGUUCCCCAGCCCGCCGCCGCCGCCGCCGCCGCAGCCCCCCGCCCCGGCCCAGCCGCCGCAGCCCCCGCAGCAAUUCCCUCAGUUCCAUGUCAAGUCGAGCCUGCAGAUCAAGAAGAACGCCAUCAUCGACGACUACAAGGUCACCACGCAGGUCCUGGGGCUGGGCAUCAACGGGAAAGUUUUGCAGAUCUUCAACAAGAGGACUCAGGAGAAAUUCGCCCUAAAAAUGCUUCAGGACUGCCCCAAGGCCCGUCGCGAGGUGGAAUUGCACUGGCGGGCUUCCCAGUGUCCACACAUUGUGCGGAUUGUGGAUGUCUAUGAGAAUCUAUAUGCUGGCAGGAAGUGCCUGCUGAUUGUCAUGGAGUGUUUGGAUGGUGGAGAACUCUUUAGCCGAAUCCAGGACCGAGGAGACCAAGCAUUCACAGAAAGAGAAGCAUCAGAAAUCAUGAAGAGUAUUGGUGAGGCCAUCCAGUAUCUGCAUUCAAUCAACAUAGCUCAUCGGGAUGUCAAGCCUGAGAAUCUCUUAUACACCUCUAAAAGGCCCAAUGCCAUUCUGAAACUCACUGAUUUUGGCUUUGCCAAGGAAACCACCAGCCACAACUCUUUGACCACUCCUUGCUAUACACCAUACUAUGUGGCUCCAGAAGUGUUGGGCCCGGAGAAGUAUGAUAAGUCCUGUGACAUGUGGUCCUUGGGUGUUAUCAUGUAUAUCUUACUAUGUGGGUAUCCCCCUUUCUAUUCCAACCAUGGCCUCGCCAUCUCUCCGGGCAUGAAGACUCGCAUCAGAAUGGGCCAGUAUGAGUUUCCCAACCCGGAAUGGUCAGAAGUAUCCGAAGAAGUGAAAAUGCUCAUCCGGAACCUGCUGAAAACAGAGCCCACUCAAAGGAUGACCAUCACAGAGUUUAUGAACCACCCCUGGAUCAUGCAAUCAAUGAAGGUCCCUCAAACCCCACUGCACACCAGUCGGGUCCUGAAGGAGGACAAGGAGCGGUGGGAAGAUGUCAAGGAGGAGAUGACCAGUGCCUUGGCCACAAUGCGUGUUGACUACGAGCAGAUCAAGAUAAAAAAGAUUGAAGAUGCAUCUAACCCUUUGCUUCUGAAGAGACGGAAGAAAGCUCGGGCCCUGGAGGCUGCAGCUCUUGCUCACUGAAGUGCUGCACCUGUCCUGCCCCACUAGGGGAUAAGCAAUAACUCAACCUGAACCUAUUUUUUAAAUGAAGAGACACAGAACUGUCCAUUUCUGCCUUCCCUCUUCCUCAGCUGCAUGGAACGUGGAACCUUAUCAAAGGCUGAAUUCUGUCUUUGGUUCUGGCCACCCCAGAGAGGGAGCAGCUGGGAGGUUGGGAGAAUAUGAAGAGAAAGGAGCAAGAUGCUCUUAAAUCUGUGCUCAUUUUACAAUUUUAUCUGUAAUUUGACUUAGAAUUUUUAUGAAACUUCUUUAAUGUUC